AUGAAGUUUCCUCAGAAUUCACUUUUCAUUAUUAUUAUUAUUUGUUUUACAGAAUAUUCUGGAACUCUUCCUGGUCUCCCUACUUCAUAUGCUACUUUGCUAAGAAUGAAGAAGAGUUCAUUUUCAUCCCUCUAUGGUUCAAAGACUAGACCACGAUACAACAGUCCUCCAUUAGGAACACUGAGUGUUUCUUCACCGAGCUGGCAAGGGGCAGCUCAACAUUAUUAUUCCCCCAUCAAUCUUUAUCAUUCCUCAGAUGCCUUCAAACAAGAUGAAAGUGUGGACUACGGGCCAGUGUUUGUGCAAGAACCAGAUGAUAUAAUUUUCCCAACUGAUUCUGAUGAAAAGAAACUAGCACUGAAUUGUGAAGCUCGUGGCAACCCAGUUCCCAAUUACAGAUGGCUUCGAAAUGGAACAGAAAUAGAUUUGGAAAGUGAUUACCGCUACAGUUUGAUAGAUGGGGACUUCAUUAUAAGCAAUCCAAGUGAAGCAAAGGAUUCUGGCCAUUAUCAGUGUUUGGCAGCCAACACGUUUGGAAGUAUUCUUAGUAGAGAAGCUGUACUUCAGUUUGCCUAUCUGGGAAAUUUUAGUGGCCGGACAAGAAGUGCAGUCUCUGUGAGGGAAGGCCAGGGGGUUGUUCUGAUGUGCUCUCCUCCGCCUCAUUCACCAGAGAUCGUCUAUAGCUGGGUAUUUAACGAGUUCCCUUCCUUUGUGGCGGAAGACAGCAGGCGGUUCAUUUCCCAGGAGACAGGCAACCUUUAUAUUUCUAAAGUCCAAACAUCAGAUGUUGGCAGCUAUAUUUGUCUGGUGAAAAACACAGUGACGAACGCUCGAGUACUUAGUCCUCCAACACCACUCACUCUCCGUAAUGAUGGUGUGAUGGGAGAAUAUGAGCCGAAAAUUGAGGUCCAUUUCGCUUUCACAGUUACAGCUGCUAAGGGAACAACUGUUAAGAUGGAAUGCUUUGCACUUGGCAACCCAGUUCCAACUAUCACAUGGAUGAAGGUUAAUGGUUAUAUUCCUGGUAAAGCACGUCUGCGUAAAUCUCAGGCAGUACUGGAAAUACCCAAUGUGCAGCUGGACGAUGCAGGCAUAUAUGAGUGCCGAGCUGAAAACUCACGUGGAAAAAAUUCCUUUCGUGGACAAUUACAAGUAUACACAUACCCACACUGGGUAGCAAAACUGAAUGAUACUCAGUUAGACAGCGGGAGCCCUCUCCGAUGGGAAUGUAAGGCUACUGGAAAGCCCAGACCCACAUACCGUUGGCUGAAGAAUGGAGUACCCCUCUUGCUUCAGAGUAGGAUUGAGAUGUUUAAUGGAGUAUUGAUGAUCCACAAUGUGAAUCAAUCAGAUGCUGGAAUGUAUCAGUGUUUGGCUGAAAAUAAAUAUGGAGCCAUUUAUGGGAGUGCUGAGCUGAAGAUUCUAGCUUCAGCUCCCACUUUUACACUGAAUCAACUGAAGAAAACAAUAAUUAUUACUAAAGGCCAAGAAGUCAUCAUAGAGUGCAAACCCCAAGGCUCUCCAAAACCAACCAUCACUUGGAAGAAGGGAGAAAAAGCAGUUAGAGAGAAUAAAAGAAUAGCUAUUCUUCCAGACGGGAGUCUACGGAUCCUAAAUACUUCUAAAUCAGAUGAGGGAGAGUACGUUUGCCAAGGGGAAAAUGUCUUUGGUUCUGCUGAAAUCAUAGCUUCCGUUUCUGUGAAAGAACCUACAAGAAUAGAACUUACUCCUAAAAGAACAGAGUUAACAGUGGGAGAAAGCGUCGUCCUUAACUGCAAAGCAAUUCAUGAUGCUAGUUUGGAUGUCACUUUCUACUGGACACUAAAAGGACAGCCUAUCGAUUUCAAGAAAGAAGGUGGACAUUUUGAAAGCAUCAGGGCCCAAGCAUCCUCUGCAGAUUUAAUGAUCAGGAACAUCCUUCUGAUGCAUGCUGGGAGAUAUGGCUGCAGGGUACAGACCACAGCAGACAGUGUGUCAAAUGAGGCAGAACUUCUUGUUAGGGGUCCCCCAGGCCCACCAGGGAUAGUGAUCGUUGAGGAAAUCACUGAGAGCACAGCCACACUUUCCUGGAGUCCAGCCACUGACAACCACAGCCCAAUCUCCUCAUACAACUUGCAGGCUCGCAGCCCCUUCUCCCUGGGCUGGCAAACAGUAAAAACAGUCCCAGAAAUCAUAACAGGAGACAUGGAAUCAGCCAUGGCAGUGGACCUGAACCCCUGGGUGGAAUAUGAAUUCAGAGUGGUGGCCACCAAUCCAAUUGGGACUGGAGAUCCAAGCACUCCAUCUCGAAUGAUCCGCACAAAUGAAGCAGUUCCAAAGACAACACCCACCAAUGUAAGUGGAAGAAGUGGAAGAAGGCACGAGUUAGUCAUCGCCUGGGAGCCAGUAUCAGAAGAGUUUCAGAAUGGGGAAGGCUUUGGCUAUAUUGUGGCUUUCCGACCCAAUGGAACACGUGGCUGGAAGGAAAAAAUGGUGACAUCUUCUGAAGCUUCAAAAUUCAUUUAUCGAGAUGAAAGUGUCCCUCCUCUUACUCCCUUUGAAGUGAAGGUUGGCGUUUAUAACAACAAAGGAGAUGGACCUUUCAGUCAAAUUGUGGUCAUAUGUUCAGCUGAAGGAGAACCCACUGCUGCUCCCACAGAUGUUAAGGCUACAAGUGUGUCUGUGUCAGAGAUUCUUGUUUCAUGGAAACAUAUUAAAGAGAGUCUAGGAAGACCACAGGGAUUUGAGAUUGGCUAUCGGAAAGACAUGGAACAAGAAGAUGCAGCAGAAACCAUCAAAACUAGGGGGAAUGAGUCAUCUGUCAUCCUGACAGGAUUAGAAGGAAAUACAUUAUAUCACUUCACAGUGAGAGCUUAUAAUGGAGCUGGAUAUGGGCCACCUAGCAGUGAAGUGAGUGCAACCACAAAGAAAUCCCCCCCCAGUCAAGCACCUAACAACCUCAGGUGGGAGCAGCAAGGCUCUCAGCUUUCUCUGGACUGGGAACCUGUCAGACCAUUAGCCAACGAGUCUGAAGUCAUGGGCUACAAGGUAUUUUAUAGACAAGAGGGUCACAGCAACAGUCAAAUUAUUGAAACAGAGAAACCUCAAGCAGUAGUCCCACUCCCUGAUGCUGGAGUCUAUAUUAUUGAAGUUCGAGCAUGCAGUGAAGGAGGGGAUGGAACUGCUAGCUCCCAAAUCAGGGUCUCGUCAUAUUCAGGUGGGAAAAUCACUAGUGCUCAGUCAACCCUCCACACUCUUUCCACGUCUUCAUCAUCAGUAACGUUGCUUUUGGCAUUGAUGAUUCCGUCAGCCUCUUGGUGA